CGUCAUCAUCAUCAUCGUCGUCCCUUUAUUUCUUUCCAUUUCUUUCUAUUUUUUUAAUCUUUUAUGUUCUUUCCCUUCUCUUUAUCCGUCAUUAAAACCCCUCUCGAUCGGACCAACCGACCCCCAAACGGCACCCUCCAUGGCUACCGAUGAGGAAGCUAGCAAGACAUAUCCUGAGAUGAUAAUGGAGGCGAUCGAAGCGCUCAACGAGAAGAACGGGUCGAACAAGUCGGCCAUCUCGAAGUACAUCGAGACCAAGUACGGGGAGCUGCCGCCGUCCCACUCGUCGCUGCUCACCGCGCACCUGGCCCGCAUGCGGGAGAGCGGCGAGCUGCUGUUCAUCAAGAACAACUACUUUCGGCCCGGUGCCGACGUGCCCCCGAAGCGGGGCCGCGGCCGACCGCCCAAGCCCAAGCCGGAGCUCCCGACCGGUGCCGUCCUCCCUCAGCAUCGCCCCCGCGGGCGGCCCCCCAAGCCGAAGGACCCCCUCGCAGCUGCCGUCGCGAAGGCCACGGCCGGGCUCCCGCGGCGCCGCGGGCGUCCGCCCAAGGCCGCCCGGUCCGCUGCUUCUGGAACGGCGGCUCCUGCUGCCGCCGCUGCUGGUAGCGGGGUUAAGAGAGGCCGCGGUCGGCCUCCCAAGGUGAAGCCUGCCUUAGUGACUGAUGUGGUAUAAAUUGGAGUUUAUUGGCGAAGUCAACUGCUAAUGCUGAUUCCUAUACUUAAACGCUGUUCUUCUUUGUUGUUUCUUGUCUUAAAUGUUGUGAGUAAUUUAGAGACGGUCCCUGUCCGGGUGGUGAUGCUUGGAAUCUGCAUGUACAUUAUGCUCAGACGUCUUAGUUGACUGUGUUACUGAAAAUGACUGACUGAUAUUGAUUGUGGUGCUUCUUUCAGUUUUCUA